GACACUAUCAGUGUAUCGAUGUCAGACGGUCAGUUCUGAGGGAGGGCUACGCUGUUGGAGGGUCAAUAUUGAGUGUGUGCGCGACACUCAGAUGAUCACUUUGUUGGAGUUCUGCACUGUAACGGAGUGCCACACUGGCAGCGGGUUAAUAUUAAGGGAGUGCUGCACUGUCAGAGGGUGAAAGAUGAGGGAGGGCUUCUCUUUGUGGGGGUGGGUAUGAAAGAGAACCUCCCGUUCGGGGAUCAAUAUUAAUGUUGUAGAGUCAGUAGAGAGGCAGUGCUGCACUGUGGAGGGUCAAUAAGAAGCAUGUAGCUCCACUGGCAAGGUGCCAAUGAUGACAGAAUGCUGCACUGCCAGAGCAUCAGCAAUGAGGGAAAACUGUUUUGUCAGAGUGCCUUCGUCAAGAAAGUGCCACUCUGUCGGAAGGCCAAUAUUAAGGGAGUGCUGCACUGUCACAGGAUCAAUAUUAGGGGUAUACUGCACUAACAGAGGGUCAGUGUUGAUUGAAUGCUUGACUGUUGCAGAGCCAGGACUGAGGGAAUCCUGCAUCGUUACGGUGUCAUCAUUGAGGGAGUGCUGCACUGUUGAAGGGCCGAUAGUAAGGGAGUGUGACACUGUCAGAGUGUCAUUACCAAAGGUGGGCUACAGUAUCAAAGGUACCACGCUGAGUAUUGUUGUCCCGAUAGUUCUUUCGUAUCAGUCCGUGUGUAUUCCUGGGCGAAUGUGCUCGUGUGGUCUCAGGAGUUGCGGAGGUCACGGCUCUGGGACAGCCGUUUCAUCGCCCUAUGCUGCAGAACCUACCCCGGAAGAGAGAGCCCAGAGAAUUGCCAAAGCUGUCCGCAAACAGUCAACAGAAGUGAAGGAAAAUUGGGAGCAAUUGAAAACCCGUGCGAGCAACUGGCAGAAACAGGUGGAAAAGGCGUUGGAGAAACUUCAAGAACUGCAGAAAGCGCUGGAUGAUCUUGAGGCUCAUGUGAUAACAGCUGAGGGGGUCCACACUGAUUGGCAACCUGUGGGUGACCUGCUUCUUGACUCAUUGCAGGAUCACAUUGAUAAAACCACAGGUUAAAGGUAAAGUCUGAGCACGCCAUUUGGUGACUCCUUGGAGAGAGACAACUGGUUAUGAUUUAACCUGAAGAUCACCAUGCCUCAGUCAAGUAGAGCGGUUGAGGCGAAGACCCUUUGUGGGUGAGGACUAUCUUCAAAAUCUGAGAUUGGGUUUUGAAAGACAGCAGCCUUUGUUUUGGAGAGAUAAUGGGAACUGCAGAUGCUGGAGAAUGCGAGAUAACACCGUGUGGAACUGGAUGAAGACAGCAGGCCAAGCAGCAUCUCAGGAGCACAAAAGCUGACGUUUCGGGCCGAGAACCUUUUUCAGAAAAUGGGGAGGGGGUGCGGGUUCUGGAAUAAAUAGGGAGAGAGGGGGAGGCGGAUGGAAGAUGGAUGGAGGAGAAGAUAGGUGGAGAGGAGAGUAUGGGUAGGGAGGCAGGGAGGGGAUAGGUCAGUCUGGGGAGGCGGGACAGGUCAAGGGAGCGGGAUGAGGGGAAAUAGGGGUGCGGCAUGAGGUGGGAGGGGGGAUGGGUGAGAGGAAGAAUAGGUUUGGGAGGCAGGGACGAGCUGGGCUGGUUUUGGGAUGCAGUGGCAGGACAGGAGAUUUGGAAGCUUGUGAAAUCCACACUGAUACCAUUGGGCUGCAGGGUUCCCAAGCAGAAUAUGAGUUGCUGUUCCUGCAACCUUCGGGUGGCGUCAUUAUGGCACUGCAGGAGGUCCAGGUUGGACAUGUCCUCUCAGGAAUGGGAGGGGGAGUUGAAAUGGUUCGUGACUGGGAGGUGCAGUUGUUUAUUGCAAACUGUGCGUAGGUGUUCUGAAAAGCGGUCCCCAAGCCUCUGCAUCGUUUCCCCAAUGUGGAGGAAGCCACGACGGGGACAGCGGAUGUUUUGGAUAUUUCUUAAGCAUUGAUUUUCAUUCAGAGUUGGUUGGAUUUUGCUGAAGCAAUAGACAUAACUCACUAUGACAUAGACAAUGUCAGAGUUAAUGUUUCGCGUCCUGUGACCCUUCCUCAGAUCUCACUCUUCACUGAUGCUGCCAGACCUGCUGAGCUUUUCCAGCAACUUCUGCUUUUGUUGCUGAUUUACAGUGCCCACAGUUAGAACAUAGAACAGUACAGCACAGAAAAGGCCCUUCAGCCCACAAUGUUGUGCCGACCAUUGAUCCUCAUGUAUGCACCCUCAAAUUUCUGUGACCAUAUACAUGUCCAGCAGUCUCUCAAAUGACCCCAAUGACCUUGCUUCCACAACUGCUGCUGGCAACGCAUUCCAUGCUCUCACAACUCUCUGCGUAAAGAACCUGCCUCUGACAUCCCCUCUAUACUUUCCACCAACCAGCUUAAAACUAUGACCCCUCGUGCUAGCCAUUUCUGCCCUGGGAAAUAGUCUCUGGCUAUCAACUCUAUCCAUGCCUCUCAUUAUCUU